UGCAUAGAUGCAGUUAGUAAUAAUGUCUUAUAACAUCUUACUGAGCAGCAUAAAGAGGAUGGCGCUUUACAACUGACACCUGAGAUUCCUGAUACACACUUACACAGACAAAGGAUAGGACUCACGGUCUCGUCCUGUACAAAUGCAGCUGCUGUCAUUUUGCGACGGCUGUUUUGUACACUGUAAUGGAUUAUAAAAUAACAAACAAACUGGACUCUCCAUCGACCCUACAAUGGCUAGCCAAGGUACUAAACGAAAACGAGCUCAUGACUCAUCUGACUCGAGUAUAGAGACUCCAUUGACAACAGGUAUUAAAAGAAAACGAAAUCAUGAAUCAUCUGACUCGAGUAUAGAGACACCACUGACAACAGAUAUGAUCAUAGAGAAUGCAAAGCAAAUUCUGCAAAGAGUCAGUGACACAGAUCAAAUCGAUAAAGGCAACAGGAAGAAGGCAACCAUAGGGAUUUUUGGAAAAUCAGGAGAAGGAAAGAGCUCCCUUUUAAGUGCAAUCUUGGGGAAACAGUAUCUCUUACCGUCUGGAUGUUUUGGUGCCUGUACUGCUGUUAUUACUCAGGUGGAAGCCAAUCUGACUGACUCCAACUACACAGCAGAGAUCAAAUUGAUCUCUAAAGAGGAGUGGGAGAAAGAGCUCAAAGAUCUUUUCAGAUAUCUAAAAGAUGACGGUGAGGACAGGAAUGAGGACUUGUUUGAAACUGCUGUAGAAAAGAUCACUGCGCUGUAUGGAGAUAAUGCAGACCAGAAAACAUUAGAGGAGCUCCAGAAUGAGGAAAAAUUUGCAGAGAUUGAAACCUUUUUGUCUAUCAGUACGAAAAUAAUCUCAAACAGUGAUCUCUCUGACUUUACCACUGAAGUUGCACAGUUCAUACAACACAGUGAGUCAAGUUCUGGUGACUGGUACUGGCCGCUUGUGAAGAGUGUGAUGAUCAAGAUACCAGACUGUAAUGAACUCCUGGAACACAUUGUACUUCUUGAUCUUCCUGGGACUGGAGACUGCAAUAAGACUAGACAAGACCUGUGGAAAUCUAAACUGUCAGAGUGCUCUUCUGUGUGGAUUGUAAGCGCUAUCAAUCGAGCAAUCACUGACAGAGACCCCUGGGGGAUAUUAAAGCACUGCAUUGAAGAACUGGGACCAGGAGGAAAAUGCAAAAGCAUCAACUUUAUCUGUACAAAGAGUGAUGAUAUCAGUCCAGGAACGUAUAUAAGAUCUGCACGGCUUUCAAGAGACCAAAUCCCAGAUGACAAGGAUCAGAAAAAAACAUGCAUACUUCAUAGAAAUGAACAUGCCAAGACAAGGGUGAAAGAAAAGUUUGAAAAUUCUGAAAUCAAGAAACUAUUCAACACUGACAAUCAGUUUCAAGUUUUUACUGUGAGUUCUAAUGCAUUCUUUGACCACAAUUUAAAUCUGGAAUCAAGUGAAACAGAAAUCCCAAAGCUGCAGGAUGAUCUGAGGAAUCUUAACAAGAGCAUUAACAGAGAACUGACCAGAGAUUAUGUCAAUAAAGUAAAGGGAGAUUUGCUCUUAAUCCAAAGUGGCCAGAUGGAAAAAGACAAGAAAACGAUUGAAAUGAAAGUCAACGAAUUUGAGAAGAACUUAACGAAGGCACUAAAGGAACUAGACAAAUAUUUUGACAGCAUUUAUGAUGAUCUGGAGCAGCAUCUCUCAAAAGGAGUGGAUGAGUCAGUGAACUUGUGUGUUGAUUCUACAAAGAACCUGAUACAGAAUAAAAAUGGAAGGGGGUUCCAUAAAAUCCUUGGAGCACUGUGCAAGAACUACGGAUACUAUUGGUCAAAAAAUCGGGAUGAAGUUCUAGACUUGAACAAGACAUUGGCUGAAAAUGUGCAUAAACACAUUAUUGAUGAUUUCUGUCAGAUUUUUCCUGUGACUGGAAAAACAGGGAAAUCAGUGAAGGAACAGAUUGAUAAAUUCAGUAUCAUCCAGAGUGACUCUGCUUACCCCAGCUCAGACAUACUUCACUACAUUCAGAACUUCAUCAAAAUCGAGGAAACCAAACUGAAGACAGCGAUCAACAGAGAUAUUGUUGAUAUGAAGAAGGAAAUCUACAGAUCAAUAGAAAUAACGAUUGUAAAAGAAAUGGCUUCUUGCUAUCAGCAAGCUGCAGCUGUAAAAGGAACAGGAUCCUUGAAGAAAAUGCAAGACCUGUUAAUAACCACAGUUGAUAAGAAAAAACAAGACAUGUUCAACAAAGUAAAAAUGGAAGUGCUAGAAAGGUUGAAUAACUUAAAGCUGGACAUAAAGAGAGUUCUUAAAAAUGAACUACAGGAAGCAAUAAAACGCUCACAAUCACAAACCAGCGAAAGGACACGGAAGGAUUUCUCCAGAGAAAUUGAAGAGCUUGAGAGACUUCUACAGCAACUGUCUGACUGAUGCUCAUCAAGUAUAGAAACUUCUCAGGUUAUGCAUGUAACCACGAUUCCCCCAAGAGGGAAUGAGACGCUGUGUCUCCUAGAGAACACAUUAGGGAAUGCUGCAAGCAUGACCAGUGUCUGAAGAAUGUUUGAAACAACAUCAAUCCUAUUGGUCAAUGUGACUUGUGAUGUGCUGAAUAUGUCACCAAAUUAUUUGUCUGAAGGUGAUGUAAACAGGCAGGCCAUAGGCAUGGAAAGGGCAUGUAGCGUGAAGUUCCCUAGAAGGGGAACAUCUCGGGUUAUGCAUCUAACUAUAGUUCUCAGAGAGGGAAUGAGAUGCUGCAUUCCCUUUCCAUGCUUUCAGCCUCCCUGUUUACGAGAGGAACCCAAACUAGUUAUAGAAGCCGGGAUAGAUCAUUGCUGCAAACAGACCGCUAUAUUCCAGAGCAUAGUAAGUUUGAACUGGAGCAUAACCAUCCACAGACAGCUACACUCUGAGCAGGGGCUGUUCACUUAAAGUCUUG